AUGAAACCAAGCCAAGGAAUGGUGGAAAUAUCUCCUGUUCGAUCGCGGCAAGGAUCUCCUUCGAUUCGACGACGUCGUCACCUUCAUCGGCAAUGGCCGCAGUUUGGUACACAAAGAGUCAUCCCGUGGGUGGUGAUUUCGGUGGUGCUGGCCACGGGGGGGGUGAUGCUCUUUUGCAACAGCAGUCGCUCGUCCUCUAUAGCAGGACAGAACAAGAGACAUGCUACCACCAAUCACCACAAAGACUAUGGGGUCCAUUCUCCUCUGGCUACCCCAGCCACCCGUCAUCACCAUCUCAGGACAACAAAUUCUGCCAACCAACCUCACUUUGACGUCAUUGUGGUCGGCAGUGGCCUCGCUGGCCUGACCACCACUUUGGAGAUUUUGGAUCGGGGAGGUCGUGUGGCGUUGGUGGAAAAAGAGGCAACGUUGGGUGGCAAUUCCAGAAAAGCCAGUUCCGGCAUCAAUGGCUGUUGCCAAGAAAACCACAAUGGCGAUAGCCUGGAAGCCUUUCAAAAGGACACUACAAAGUCAGCUGGCAGGUUGGCACGUCCACCAUUGAUUGAGGAACUGGUAACAUCCAGUGCUUCGGCGUUGCAAUGGCUGCACGAGAGGGUGGGAGUGGAUCUCAGUCAAGUUGCUCAACUGGGUGGACAUUCGUUUCCCAGGACUCAUCGGCCUGCCUUGGGUAUGAUCGGCGCCGAACUCAUUGCUCAGCUUGAAAAGCUGGUGCGAUCCUAUGUGGAAGAAAAACAACAAUUGACCAUCCUGACGACACAUUCCGUAAAAAACCUUGUCCCAGCGCUGGAUGGAAAAGGCAUGGCGGGAGUAGAAGUGGUCAAUCUGCAAACCAACAAAACACAAACCUUGCAUAGUACGCAAGUUGUGCUCGCCACUGGUGGAUUUGCGUCCGAUCGACGAGCGAAUUCACUGUUGAGCCAAGUCAGGCCUGACUUGGUAGACUUUGGGACCACGGGAGGAAGCUACAGCACUGGAGAUGGAAUUGCCUUGGGCACGUCGAUUGGCGCCAAGACAAUCGAUUUGGACCAAAUCCAAUUGCAUCCAACUGGAUUUGUGGACCCGCUUCAUCCGGAGGAUCCCACCAAGGUGCUGGCUGCAGAGCUGUUGAGAGGUAUGGGAGGUCUGUUGUUGCAUCAGGGGCGGCGCUUUUGUAAUGAGUUGGGAACCCGAGACUAUGUGACGAAACAAAUGCUUGCAACUGCCAACGCUGGCGCUACUAGCCAACAACCCACGUUUACAUUGCUCUUGACCGAGGAAGCUGCUCUGCAAGCCGACAAACACGUUGCUCUCUACAGCCUGAAGCGAUUACUGAAGAAAGUUGAGGGUCUAGAUGCUCUGGCCAAAUGGAUGGAUGUUCCUGUGGUUAGACUUGUCGAGACGUUUCAAGACUACGAGAAAGCAAAAGUCACGGGAAAAGAUGUCUUUGGCAAGACUGUCUUCAAAGGUCUUCCAUCCAACUGGGAUGACACUGCGUUUUAUGUCGGCACGGUCACACCAGUGUUGCACUAUUGUAUGGGAGGCCUGUCUAUCAACACGAACGGGCAAGUGUUGAAGGAAGAUGGAGUUCCAAUAACCGGGCUUUACGCUGCUGGUGAAGUUACCGGUGGUGUCCAUGGCCAAAACCGCUUGGGAGGCAACUCUCUUUUGGAAUGCACUGUGUAUGGACGCAAGAUUGGCCGGUCCGUGUUUGUUCAGAACGAAUCUACUGCUUCUGAUAACCACAAGCCAAGAAACGACAAUAAAAAUGUCAACGAGGAGACUCUUUCCACCAUUAGCUGGCACGAACUGGAAACACAUUCUUCCCGUGAAGACCUGUGGAUGGCUGUGAAUGGCCUCGUCUACAAUCUGACACGGUUUGCGAAGGUUCAUCCUGGCGGUUCUUCCAUUCUGGAAAGCCUUGCAGGCGGGGAUGCUUCGGAAGCUUUUGCCACUGUACACAGCCCACAACUGCUUCCAGGUGACGUCGUUGUCGGUCGGAUGGAUCCUACGGAACCAGCCGCUUCUGCCACUACGGACCGAUUCAUCACACUGGCAGAACUGAAGCAACACUCGUCUCCAGAGGAUUGCUGGGUAGUCUUUCACGGACAAGUUUACGACAUGACCGACUUCAGCAAGACCCACAAGGGCGGCGCCUACCUGAUUCAGAAGUACGCUGGGAAGGAUGCCACAGAUACUUUCAAGGUUUUCCACAAGAAAGACAAGUUGGCAUUGGUUUCCAAAUAUCGUGUCGGCCUGUUGGCUUCAGACGAAAAGAUUGACACCUAA